GCAGAGGACUGGAGUUUGACACCCCUGGCAUAGCUGGUGCUGACACGUUGGUAUGGGGGACCCCGAAAAGGCUUGGUCCGGCCCUGGUCCCUGGUUCAGUUUAGUCCGGCCCUGGAACAGUGACCGGUCUGUGGAGACUUUCCCACCGCAGCGGUGACCCUGAACGCAUCACCCGGAGGUGAAUGAGGCCGGGGUCCGCUCUCAGCGCAGUCUGCGGGCUCUCAUCAUGCGGCUGGGGCUCCUGUGUCUGUGGACCGGCUGGAUGCUCCGGAGCGCCGCGUCGCAGCCGCAGGACGGAGGGGUGCGACCCGGCGGACAGCUGCAGACCGAACCGGAGGGAGUCCGGACCGGGUUCCGGAGCCAGAGCAGCGGCGAUCCGGCAGGUGGAGCCCGGAGGAGAGCAGCUCUGAGCGGACCUCGUGUUUGUGGAGGUCGAUGUUGUCUCGGCUGGACUGUGUCCCCUAAAACCAAGAGGUGCACCAAGCCCAGAUGUUUUCCUCCCUGCCGUAACGGAUCAUCGUGUGGACUUCCCAACAACUGUCUGUGCAGGAAAGGUUUCUAUGGCGCCCGCUGCCAAUUUUCCAGCGUUCCUCUUCCUGUGAGAAGGCCUCCAGAGACAUCCAGCCAUCCUGCCUCCACAUCCCCAGCAGCUGGACCAAUCGGGUCCAGUCAGAAACCUGAACCUCCAGGUUCAUUUCAGAAGCUAUUGAACAGUAACAACUCUAGUCCUCUGAAGUCUGGACGUCUAGCAGGUCAAGCUGAAGGCAUGAAGGGGGAUCCAGGAGAUGUUACCCUAAGGUUUCUGAACGGAACGUCUUCCGGAAGCACAGGUCUGAUGAGGGCAGAUGCAGAGAGGCAAAGCUCAGAUUCAAAACAUGUCCUGGAGUUGAAGCUCCAAACUAACAGAGAAAACAAGAACCCAUUGAGAUCCGAGUCCCUGGAGCUGCAAGCAAGUCUGGAAGUUAAAGAGGAUGAGGAUCCGACUGGAGCAGAGAGGAGACCAGAGGAGAUGAAGAGGCAGAUCCCGAGUCUGAGGGAGGCCCAGUCCGUUCUGCUGAGAAACUCUUUAUCACGAGGAAGAGGAGGCAACAUGGCCGCCCUGCUGAUGAAGCACAUAAGAAGAGAGAAGAGGAAGCUACACACACUGACCUCUUCAUCCUCUUCACCAACGACCAUGAGGGCCUUUCAGAACCAGAGAGGUCGGGUCGACUCCCACCUCGCUGCUCCUAAAGUCCUCUGCCCGCUGCUCUGUAAGAACGGCGGCGUCUGCCUGCAGACGGACCGCUGCCUCUGCCCCGCUAACUUCACCGGGAAGUUCUGCCAGAUCCCCGUCCCGCCCCCCGGCGCCGCCUCCACCAAUGAGAUCGUCCGGCUGCCGCUGCCCUCCUCCGCGGCGGCCAAUCAGGAGCUGAUGCGGUCGGAGUUCCUGCUGCCGCUCGGCCAGACCCGGGCGGCGCCGCCGUCCGCAGACCCCCGCAUGGUAAAGGUCAGAGUUCAGCACCCCCCAGAGGCCAGCGUGAAGAUCCACCAGGUGAUGAAGGUGUCCGGGUCCAGCCCGGCCCUGCGGACCCUCUCCUCCUCCUCCUCUUCGGGUUCGGCUGGCGCCCCGGCUCCGGCUCCAGCAGGUGGCGCUAGAAUCCAGGCCCAGACUCUGAGGGGCGGCGGUACCUACAACCAGCAGUCUGGCUUCAAAUACUGCUUCAGAGAGGUGAAAGACGGACAGUGCAGCUCUCCACUUCCUGGUCUGAGGAGCAGAGAGGUGUGCUGCAGGGGAAUCGGGAAGGCCUGGGGUCUCACCGACUGCAGCCUCUGUCCUGAAGCUCCAGGUCAAAGCAACAGCAGCUGUCCUGUUGGCUUCGAGCGAACCAAUGGAACGCAGUGCGUCGAUGUGAAUGAGUGCCUGCAGCCAGGGCUGUGUGAGAACGGCAUCUGUGUGAACACCAGGGGGAGCUAUAGCUGUGUGUGUCGGUUGGGGUUCAUCCUCGAUGCCACACAUGGAAUCUGCAUCUCGCAGAGCGUGAUUUCAGAGGAGAAGGGUCAGUGCUACCGGGUCCUGGGCUCGAGUCGGGGUCCGUAUACCUGCUCCCUGCCCAUCGUCCGGAACAUCACCAAGCAGAUCUGCUGCUGCAGCCGGGUCGGGAAGGCCUGGGGGCCCGACUGCGUGCGGUGCCCCUUCUUUGGUUCAGUUGCCUUUAAGGAGAUCUGUCCGGCCGGCCCGGGUUACCAUUACUCGGCUUCGACUCUGCAGAUCAGCCAAAGAGUGGACGGCGAUUCGACGGGCCGAGAAUCCCUGCUGACCGCGCAGGGCGGCUCAGAUCUGGUUCCCGGGUCCAGCACUGCUGGAGCCUCCAGUUCUCAGCAGAGACCCAGUUCAUCCGGGUCACCAUCUGGUACCAGAACCGGUCCAGUCCAGUCCCAGAUUCAGGUCCCUGCUCAGCCGGGCGUGACUGCCGUUUCCAGACCGACUCCCCCUGCUGGUUCUGCAACCCGAACUGCUCAGGCCCGACCGGAGGUCCAACAUGGCCGACCGGAGGUCCAACAUGGCCGACCGGAGGUCCAACAUGGCCGACCGGAGGUCCAACAUGGCCGACCGGACCCCCAACAUGGCCGACUGGAAUUCCAAAAUGGCCGAUUGGACUCGGCUCUGGCGAGGCCGCAGCCGCCGCUGGCGUUGCCGUCCUCUGGAUCGCAACCCGACCUGGCGCCGGUACCAGCGGACUCUCUGCCGACCCCGGCCCCGCCCCGGACCUCGGAGCGCGGGUCCAGACCUGGACCAGAACCACCCGGUCUGGAGAGACGGCCGGCUGCGAGCCCGACCAGCCGGCCCGGCAGAGUCCAGCCUGUCCGUGGCGUGUGUCAGAUCAGACCAGGUGUGUGUGAGCGUGGCCGCUGCGUGGAUCUGCCAGGUGGGAAACACACCUGUGAGUGUGAUGAGGGAUUCCAGCCCAACGCUCAGCGGAGCCGCUGCUUCGAUGUGGACGAAUGUCAGCAGAAUCCCUGCAGUAACGGGCGCUGUGAAAACUCCCCAGGGAGCUUCAGGUGUGACUGUUACCAUGGUUACAGGCUCACUGGGAACACCUGUGAAGACGUGGACGAGUGCGUGGAUCCGCUGCGGUGUCCAGGUCAGGAGUGCAUCAACACGCCGGGUUCGUUCCGCUGCUCGCCCUGCCAGCCUGGAUUCGGGCUGCUCAACGGGAUCUGCACAGACAUCGACGAGUGCCGUCAGUCCCCGUGCUCCGGCGGCCGCUGCGAGAACACGCCCGGCAGCUUCCGCUGUGUCUGUCGCCAUGGUUACAGGCUCCAGAACAACACCUGUACAGACGUGGACGAGUGCGCGGAGCCGUCUCAGUGUCCGGGGCAGAUGUGUGUGAACUCUGUGGGGUCGUACAGGUGUGUGUCGUGUCGUCCAGGAUACACGCUGACCAACAGGCAGUGCACAGACGUGGAUGAGUGUGCGAGCGCCGGAGCGUGUGACGCGGAGCAGGUGUGUGUGAACAGCGUGGGCUCGUUCAGGUGCGACUGUCGCCCCGGUUACCGGAGCUCCGGCCUGGGCAGGCGGUGCACAGACGUUAACGAGUGUUUGGAGGGAGACUUCUGCUUCUCCAGAGGAGAGUGUGUGAACACACCUGGAUCAUACACCUGUGUGUGCUCACCUGGAUUCACGCUGAGCGAGAACAGGACGGCCUGCCUCGACGUGGACGAGUGUGUGAGGCCUGGUGUGUGUUCAGACGGCCGCUGUGUGAACACCGACGGCUCCUUCCAGUGUCGGUGUCACUCGGGCUUCAGCGCCAACCCGGAGCAGACCGCCUGCCUCGAUGUGGAUGAGUGCGUGUCCAGCGGCGGCUCUGUUUGCCCGUCGCGGCGGUGUGAGAACACCAUCGGCUCGUUCCGCUGCCUCGCCACCUGCCAGCCGGGUCAGCGGGUCGCCGCCGACGGCUCGUGCGUCGGGCCGCCCGUGUCGGCUCCUGCCUCGGCGGCGGCGGCCUCGCAGCCCGCAGCACCACGGCUCCCAUCGUCUGUUCCAGAGUCCGGGUCCCGCCCUGAGUCCACACACUCCUCUUCCUCCUCCGGGUCCCAGAUCAGUGCGGUGGAUGUUUCUGCGGUUCUGCACCACUCGUCUGCAGCGCAGCCCGGUGAACUGAGGGACUGCUACUACAACCUGGCAGCAGGCGGCUGCAGCCUGCUGGCGGCCAACACCAGCCAGCAGGAGUGCUGCUGCACCGCGGGGGAGGGCUGGGGGUGGGGCUGCCGCGCCCACGCAUGCCCUGCCGCAGACACAGCUGACUUCCUGUCCCUGUGUCUCAGUGGGAGGGGCUACGUGACGGCAGGGUCGGGCUCCUUCAGCUACACAGACGUGGACGAGUGUAAGCGCUUCCAUCCUGAGGUGUGUAAGAACGGCGUGUGUGUGAACAACAUCCCGGGCUACAGGUGCUACUGCUCCAGCGGCUUCGUCUACAGCGCCGCCCUGCUGGAGUGCAUCGAUUACGACGAGUGUGAGGAGGAGAGCUGCGUGGGCGGCGUGUGUGUGAACACGGUGGGGUCGUUCUACUGCAGUUGCCCGCCGCCGCUGGUGCUGGACGACACGCAGAGGAACUGCGUCAACGCCUCGCACCUCACCAUGGAUGAGAACCUGUCCUUGUGCUGGCAGCACGUCAGCGCCGACCUGCUGUGCCAGAGUCCUCUGCUGGGGGCGCAGGUCACCUUCAUCGACUGCUGCUGCUUCUACGGCGAGGGCUGGGGGAUGGGCUGCGCCCUCUGCCCCGCCACCGACUCAGAGGACUACGCCUCUCUGUGCAGCUCCUACUCUGCAGCGGCGUUCCCUGGAAGCUUCCCAGACUCCGCCGGACCAGAAACCGGGCCGGGGCGAGGAGCUGCUCCCUACAGUCCGGAGUUCUUUCCUGCAGCGCCGCUUCCUGGCAGAGAUUUCAGUCAGGACUACGACGACUACUUGCCAGCAGGGGGCAGCAGGUCCGGCUUCAGGGCCAGGCCGCCCGUCUCCUUCGCCCCGCCGGACGACGCCUACGGCGGCUCCGAGUUCAGCCCCGGUUUCUACCCAGAGGGAGACUACGGCUCCCCAGACGGCUCCGCGCCCAGGACGCCCGCCUUGCAACUCCCUCCGGACCCCCGGUCCGACAUCGUCUUCAUGGCGCGGCCGCUGCCUCCGUCCAGACCCGACCCACCGCCGCUCAGCCUGGCGCUGCGGCCCGGACCACCGUACGAUGACCGGGAGGGCGGAGACUUCAGGGGGUGGAGGCCGGGGGCGGGGCUUCCUCCGUUCACCGACAGCGGAGGAGGCGGGGGCGGCGGGCCACCGAGGGUGUAUGAGAGGCGCUACGAGACGCACGCCAGCCUGAGUGCCGCCGAGGAUUGUGGGAUUCUGCAUGGCUGUGAGAACGGCCAGUGCAUCCGCGUUGCCGAGGGUUACACCUGUGACUGCUACGCGGGCUUCGAGCUGGACCUGACGUCCAUGAGCUGCAUCGACAUUAACGAGUGCGAAGACGCUGCUGCGCUGCCGUUCCCAUGCGUCAACGCUCGCUGCGUCAACACGGAAGGCUCGUUCCGAUGCGUCUGCAGGAGAGGAUAUGUCAUGUCGCGCAGACGCAACCACUGCAUCGCUGCUUAGACCCGGCGGGACCUGCGACCCGCUGAACUGCCAUCAGCUCACUGGACUGCCACUCUGUUGUGGAAAAUGUAUUAAUUACAUGAGCUAACCUGCGAAAAGCAGGAGUUUUUAUAAAAUUUUAAUUUAAAUUAGUCGAUUUCUUAACAGAACCAUGAAGCAGCAGGUUGCUGACCUCUGACCUUUAGCAGGUGGAAUGACACUGAACCAAAGUGUUCAGUUCUUUCUGUUUGCACUAAACCGACUGAAGACAGAAGAGCUGAUUUAACAUCUUCCAUGAUAAACAGAAUCUCAUGCUGGUCUUCGUCUAAAGGCUCGUCAACGUUCAGAAAACUUUUCCUUUCCAAUCCUGGACAGUUUUAUUUAUUUCACUGCCAAAAAAUAACAAAGAUGGAAGAAACGGCUUCAAAACGAGGCUGUCGAUGCGUAGAAACGUCCACCAAAGUAAAACGUGAAGAUUUAUCCAGUGAGGAGAAACAGGAGACGUAGCAAACCGGCACCAUAAGGAAGGAUUUAAAAGCUUUCUGUGGUGAGUCUCAAACAAUUCCUGAGACAAAAUCUGUUAUUCAAACCACUAACAUUUAAUUUUUUAAGUCAAUUUUAGUCCCAAUUUUCAUUUCCAAUAAUCUUAAGGAUUAUCAGGAUCCUGAGAGAUUUUCCUGCUGUUUGUUCAGGGAUCUGAGCUGCUCCGAUCUGAAAUCAGGGAUAUUCAUCCUAUUGGAUCAUCUUGGCCCGGUAUCGCAUCAUGUGGCGUCAAACGAGAACGCAGCAGUCUGUUACGUUUAGCCAAUCAGAAACACAGAGAGGAAUCGUGCAGUGGCUGUUGGAGAUCAUCAGAGAUCUCUUUGUAUCGUUUUUUUAUCUUUUAACAUAAUCCACAACCUAUCACCACAGAACCAAACCUGUUAUACCUACAAAGUUUUAUCAAAUUUCUCUCAACUUGUUUGGAUGUAUCAUGUUAACAUUUCAAAUUUAAAGAAAAGCAGAUUAAGAGUGUUGAUAUACAGCAAAGUCAGCCCUGUGGUCUUUCUACAGUCCAAAUUUUAAUAAAUAAACUUUAUUUACUUUCUUACUUACAGAUUAAACAAAAUUAACGAUAAUAAAUCAGGUUGGUGGUUCAAACCUGCAGGGCUCAUAGUUUGUCUUCCUGAGGACAUUUAUGGGCUGAACGUCAAUCAUAUGAAGCAGAUUCAGACUGACGGAGCUGAAGUUUUGCGUCAUAUAAAGUAAUGUUUCCAUUUCCUGUUUUAAAUUAAUUAUGUAUUUGUAGAUCAAACAUUUCAUCCCAAAUGACUGUUUUAGUUUCUAGUCACGUGAUCCACAGGAAGAGGCUUUGAAUGGACCAAAUUUAAUAUUGUUAGCAAGAGAAGUUGAUACAAAAAACAAACAAUUUUAACAAUAGAAUUCAAAGCUUCAGAUGUUUAAUAAAAACUUUACAUUUAAGAAAGAUUCGUGCAGAUGUUAAAAUUUAAGGCAAUAAAAUAUCUUCUAGUUUUUAAUCAAAUAUUUUAAUGUUGGUUCUGCUCAACCUAAACUUAUUUAUAUAAAAAUUAAAGCACUCACUGUUUGCCCUCAACAGUUGGAACAUCAGGUAACCAGGUAAUGCUAGCAAAGAUUUAAAUAUCAGUUGAUAUUUAAUCUAUAUCUAGUUGCUAAUAUUGUUUCUAAGGUUGUAGUAUUUUUUUAUUUUCAAUACACCAAAGUCAUUUAUUGGUAAGCAUUGAGUAGCUAAAUAUAUUUUCUUUAAUUUCUACCCAUUAACUUAUUAGCCAACAGAUAAAACCAGGAAGUAUUAACAUUAAUGAGUUCCUUAGCAUUCAAUCCUUUCAACUGUAAAUAGUUGAAAGGAUUGAAAUCUUAAGGUCUAAAAUCAAAGCUGCAGCAGCUGAAAUACUUGGGAAAAACAUUUAGAGAUCAACCACUAACUAUUGAAAUGAGCCGUUUGGUUUGUUUGUUAGCGUAUAGCUGUUUGGCUAUAGUUAGCUCAGAUGCUAAUAAGCAAGCUAAACGUGUUACUGUCAAAACAAUAAACGCUUUUGGGCUUGAAAGUUACCUUUGUAAAACCUUUUAAAGGGCUUAAAAGUGUGUCAUUUUGAAUAUGAUUAGUUUUUCUCCUAACAGUUGGCACCAGUGCUAAUCAGUUAGCAAGUGUUAUUUAAUCUAAAAAAUCAAAUAUUCUAAUAUGUUCACUCCUUUAUUAUUCCACUAAGACUAUUUUUUUCUGAAAAGUAUUUAGUUUCACUUUUGUAGUAGCUACAUGGCUAGCAGCCUCCCGCUUAGUGUCAGCUUUCAGGCCAAAAGCAGAAAGUUGUGACUGAACUCUGUUCACCAUGGUGACGUUUCAAAGAGUAAAACAUCACAACUUUCAAAUCAAAUCUGCUCAUUUAAAUUGCUGAAUUGUAAAUAGUUCUUGCUGUUUUUACUAGCCAGCAUAUUAGCUAGCUUGAUUUUAGCCACCUGUGUUUAUUUCUAAGAAAAUGCAAUGCUCUUGGUUUUUGUAGUUACUAGUCCAAAUAUAACCAUUUUUACUGUAUAUAUACUUAUUUCAACUUCAUUUUAUUUUAAAUGAUUUUUUUAAUUAGCAUUUUUAAUUAAACUCGUUGUACAGAACUAAAUAUGAACUGAAAUUCCACCAAAUAUUCAACUUAUUUGUUAAAUAUUUGUAUUACAUUUUCAGUGGAAAACAGUGAGUGAUAUUGUUUAAUUUCUGUUUUCAGUUGGAUUUAUGAUCAGCUCCUAUUUUGAUGUGCCUGCAGUAUUUUUUUCCACAGCAGAAGUUUGAAAUGAAAAUGAAAUGUGUAUAAAACUUUCCUUUAUGUGAUAUUAUGCUAAAUUACGUGUCAUAAGCUUUAUUUUUCCUCUUCAGCAAAUGAAGGUUCAAGUAAAACAUGCACUGUAUCUGCCAAAGACCAGCUUCCUCACUCACAGUGGCUUUCAUAACCAAUCUGAAACCAUAUUUUUGGUUUUUAAAUGGUUUUAUUUUAAAGCUUGAUAAAAAAACUUUUUUGUAUUAUUGUUUCUUUGACAAGGACAGCAAAUACAUUUGCACACAUUAACUCUUA